UCCGGCGUGGCGUGGAGUGGUGGGGAGUGGUGCGGCUGGCUUAGGCUCGCCUGAGCUCCUCUGCCCUGGGCUCGAGGCUGAGGCGGGUGGGUGGGCUCUCCAGGUCAGUGACUGGUACAUCCCCCCCCCCCAACCCCACCCUUCUGCCCCCGCCCCCGGCGCCCGAGGGGAGUGGUCCCCAACCCCGACCAGCCAUGGAGGCCGUGCCUCGCAUGCCCAUGAUCUGGCUGGACCUGAAGGAGGCCGGCGACUUCAACUUCCAGCCGGCCGUGAGAAAGUUCGUCUUGAAGAAUUAUGGUGAGAACCCAGAGACCUACAAUGAGGAGCUGAAGAAGCUGGAGCUGCUUAGACAGAAUGCAGUCAGGGUUCCUCGGGACUUUGAGGGCUGUAGCAUCCUGCGGAAGUACCUGGGCCAGCUCCAUUACCUGCAGAGCCGAAUCCCUAUGGGUUUGGAGAAUGAGGCAGCUGUCCCCAUCACAUGGACAGAGAUCUUUUCUGGGAAGUCAGUGACCCACGAGGACAUCAAGUACGAGCAGGCCUGCAUCCUGUACAACCUAGGGGCUCUUCACUCCAUGUUGGGCGCCAUGGACAAGAGGGUGUCUGAGGAGGGCAUGAAGGUUUCUUGCACCCAUUUCCAGUGUGCAGCAGGUGCUUUCACUUACCUACAGGAGCACUUCCCUCACUCGUACAGUGUGGAUAUGAGCCACCAGAUCCUCAACCUCAACAUCAACCUCAUGCUGGGCCAGGCUCAGGAAUGCCUCCUGGAGAAGUCAAUGCUGGACAAUCGAAAGAGUUUCCUGGUGGCUCGCAUCAGUGCACAGGUGGUUGUUUACUACAAGGAGGCCUGCCGGGCCCUGGAAAACCCUGAGACUGCCUCACUGCUGGGCAAGGUCCAGAAAGACUGGAAGAAACUGGUACAGAUGAAGACCUGCUAUUUUGCCGCUGUGGCUCAUCUGCACAUGGGGAAACAAGCUGAGGAACAGCAGAAAUUUGGAGAGAGGGUGGUCUACUUCCAGAGUGCCCUGGACAAACUUAAUGAAGCCAUUAAAUUGGCAAAGGGACAACCUGAAACUGUACAGGAUGCUCUGCGCUUCACUAUGGAUGUCAUUGGUGGAAAGUUCAAUUCAGCCAAGAAGGACAACGACUUCAUCUACCAUGAGGCUAUUCCUGCACUGGACACCCUGCAGCCUGUAAAAGGAGCCCCCUUGGUGAAGCCCCUUCCUGUGAAUCCUACUGAUCCAGCUGUCACUGGCCCUGACAUUUUUGCCAAGUUGGUGCCUAUGGCUGCCCAUGAGGCCUCUUCACUGUACAGUGAGGAGAAGGCCAAGCUGCUUCGUGAGAUGAUGGCCAAAAUUGAUGCCAAGAACGAGGUCCUAGACCAGUUCAUGGACUCCCUGCAGCUAGAUCCCGAGACGGUAGAUAAUCUGGAUGCAUAUAACCACAUCCCACCCGUGCUCAUGGAGAAGUGUGCGGCCCUCAGCGUUCGGCCCGACACGGUGAAGAAUCUUGUUCAGUCCAUGCAGGUGUUGUCAGGAGUCUAUACAGAUGUAGAAGCUUCCCUGAAGGAGGUCAAGGGCCUGCUAGAGGAGGAUGAGCUUCUGGAGCAGAAGGUCCAGGAAGCAUCUGGGCAGCCAGGAGCAGUUCCAGCUGGGGGGCUGGCUGAGGUAAGCCGAGAGUGGGCCAAAUACAUGGAAGUGCACGAGAAGGCCUCCUUCACCAACAGUGAGCUGCAUCGGGCCAUGAACCUGCACAUUAGCAACUUACGGCUGCUGAGCGGGCCACUGGACCAAGUGCGCGCUGCCCUGCCCUCUCCAGCCCUCACCCCUGAUGACAAGGCUGUGCUGCAGAACCUCAAGCGUAUCCUGGCCAAGGUGCAGGAAAUGAGGGACCAGCGCCUAUCCUUGGAGCACCAGCUCCGAGAGUUGAUCCAGAAGGAUGACAUCACCACUUCCCUGGUCACCACAGACCGUUCAGAGAUGAAGAAGCUCUUUGAAGAACAGCUCAAGAAGUAUGACCAGCUCCGUGUGUACCUGGACCAAAACCUAGCUGCCCAGGAGAAUAUCCUCAAGGCGCUGACAGAGGCCAACGUACAGUAUGCAGCUGUUCGUCGAGCACUUACGGAGCUGGAGCACAAGUGGAACUCCACACUGCAGACCUUGGUGGCCUCCUAUGAGGCCUAUGAGGAUUUAAUGAAGAAGUCCCAGGAGGGAAAGGAUUUCUAUGCUGAUCUGGAGAGCAAGGUGGCCGCUCUGCUGGAACGGGCCAAGGCUGCAUGCCAGGCCCGAGAAGCUGCAUUCCAACAGCUCCUCAGCAGGGAACUGAAAAAGAAACCUCCGCCCCGGCCUACCGCCCCAAAGCCACUACUAGCCCGAAAGGAAGAAGGGGAAGUUAUAGAGCCUGGGGAUCUGCCCGAGGAGCUCCGCAGCUUGCCUCCUGACAUGCUGGCCACCCACCUGGCUGCCUUUCCCACUGGAGCCCUCCCCAGUGAUGCCUUUUUGGGAGCUGGAGCUGUUAUGCCUUUCCCCUCUGGCCAUUUUACUGUCCCUGGGUCCCACUAUAUUCCCAGCCAGGGUCCCAGCCCUUUCCCCCCAGGUACCUACUCUGGGCCUCCACCUCUACUACAACCCUCAGCCCCUCAGCUACAGGACUGCCCCUGCCAGUUGGCUCCAGGGCCCCGCCUCUAUCCAGCUCCCACUUACACCCCAGAGCCUGGCCUAAUUCCUGGUUCAUCUCCUCAACACAGGGUAGUAAGCAGCCACUAUGCACUAGGGCCUCCUGGAUCCAGUGGGGGUGUCCCCACAGCCCCCCCGCCCCGAUUUAUGGGCCCUGAGCUGGCUCCAGGGAUCCGUCCUGCCACUACCACAGUGGACAGCAUCCAGGCCCCCAUCUCAAGCUACACGGCCCCCAGGCCUGGGCCUAGCCCAAGCCCAGCCCCCACCAGGCCCUGCUACUCUGCCUCCCAGCAAGGACUCCCAACAGUACCUUAUCCUUACCCUGUAGGGGUUUGCCAACCUUUCACCCCCUCUUCGGCCCAGCUUCCUUUUCCCCCAGCUCCCCGUGGUGAGUUGCAGCCUCGGCCCCAAACCUAUGCCUCCCAAGUGCCCUUCGUUCCUCAGCCUCGACCCCCAGCCCCAAUUCAGCACCCACCUGUCUUCCCUCCCCAGACCAGGGUCCCUGCUCCCACUGCCCAGCAGCCACCUUUUCCUUUCGUUACCCAGCCUGCUGUCAUGGGGCAGCUCCCGCCACCUUUGCGUACCCAUCUUUACCCACUUCCUUCCCAGGAUCCUUUACCCCCCCAUUCAGGAGCCUUGCCUUUCCCCACUCCAGCCCCACCUCAGACUCCCCAUGCUCCACUUCCUGGAGUUCAACCCCUUCCCGCAGGCACUUCAGCCAUACCCUAUUGCCCAGCCCCAGCUUCUAGGACCCAGGGUCCCCAGGCCCCCUCACUCCCCAGUCAGUUGCCCCCUGGCACUCCAUUACCCCUCCGGGGCCCCCCACCCUCCAGCCAACCUUCUCCAAGCCCUCAUCCUGUGCCUUCACCAGCCCCAUCCCCGGGGCCGGGCCCUACCACACCACACCCUUCCCAGACAGAACCACCACCAUUCCAACGCUGCAACUCGUCUACCGCUGAUCUGCUCUCAUCCAGCCCCGAGAGCCAGCAUGGGGGGUCCCAACCCCCUGGUGGAGGACACCCUUUGCUCCAGCCCACCAAGGCAGAUGCCACAGAGGGCCAGCGGCCCCAAGCUCUGCGACUGAUAGAGUGUGACCCUUAUGAGCAGCCACAGAGGCUCCAGCAACUGCAGGAGGAGCUGGAGGCAUUCCGAGGGCUACUGAGUGGUGGGGCAGGGGCUCUAGAUGCAGUCUGGCGAGAGCUGCAGGAAGCCCAGGAACGGGAUGCCCGAGGCCGCUCUAUUGCCAUUGCGCGUUGCUAUUCUCUCAAGAACCGGCACCAGGAUGUCAUGCCCUAUGAUAGUAACCGGGUAGUGCUUCGUUCAGGCAAGGAUGAUUAUAUCAAUGCCAGCCGGGUGGAAGGACUCUCCUCAUACUGCCCUCCAUUGAUAGCCACCCAGGCUCCACUGCCUGGCACUGCAGCUGACUUCUGGCUCAUGGUGCAUGAACAGAAGGUGUCCGUCAUUGUUAUGUUGGUUUCAGAGGCAGAGAUGGAAAAGCAGAAAGUGGCUAAGUAUUUUCCCACCGAGCGGGGCCAGCCUCUGGUCCAGGGCCCUCUAAGCCUGGUGCUGAGCAGUGUCCGGACCACAGACACCCACGUGGAACGUGUGCUGAGCCUGCAGUUCAGAGACCAAAGCCUCAAACGCUCUCUCGUACACCUGCACUUCCCCACUUGGCCAGAGCUGGGCCUCCCAGACAGCCCAGGGAACUUGCUUCGCUUCAUCCAGGAGGUGCACACCCACUACCUGCAUCAGCGGCCUUUGCACACCCCCAUUGUGGUGCACUGCAGUUCUGGGGUAGGCCGCACCGGAGCCUUUGCGCUGCUGUAUGCUGCUGUGCAGGAAGUAGAAGCUGGCAAUGGAAUUCCUGCCCUGACGCAGCUGGUCCGGCGGAUGCGGCAACAGCGGAAGCACAUGUUACAGGAGAAGCUGCACCUCCGAUUUUGUCACGAAGCAGUGCUGAGACAUGUAGAGCAGGUGCUCCAGAGGCACGGGGUGGCACCCCCUUCUGCCUGCAGACCCCUUGCUAACUCCAGUGUGGCCCAGAAGGCAUAUCUGCCCCAGGACCCCCAGGACCUAGUGCUGGGUGCAGACAUGCCCAUCAGCUCCAUCCAAGCCACCAUUGCCAAGCUUAGCAUCCGGCCCCAAGGGGGCGGGCAGGAGCCCCCUCCUCUGGCCUUUGCUAGUCCUUCUGAGCCUCUUAGUCUACCACACCCAACCUCCUGGAGCUCACCAGUCCCCCCUUCACCUUCUCCUCCUUCCUCCCCUCAGCCAGAGAUUCCUGAGCCUAAGGAGGAGAACCAGAUCCCUGCAGCACCUAGUCCUGGGCCUUCCACUUCUUCUCUAGAGCUAUUGGCCUCCCUGACUCCUGAGGCCUUCUCCCUGGACAGCUCCCUGCGGGGGAAGCAACGCAUGAACAAGCAGAGCUUCCUGCAGGCUCAUAAUGGGCAAGGACUUCGAGGCACUGGCCCCAGUGAUGACCCUCUCAGCCUUUUGGACCCACUCUGGACCCUAAAUAAGACAUGAAUUGGACCUAGAGGCACGGAUGUCCAAUGGCUUCUAACUCCCUACACUACAUGUUUUUCUUUAAACCUGCUAAGUCCCUAAUCCAAAACCUGAGCUGCCUCUUUUCUGGAACAGGGAAAUACUUCCAACCCUUCCCCGGGGCCCCCAGGGAAAGGAUCUGGAGGUUUGCCAAGGGGCCAGGGUAGAGGAGGAGGAUUCAGCAACUGUAGAGGAACAAUUCAGGGGAGAAGAGUCAAACCCCACCCCUCCCCAACAAUUCUUGUUGCCUUUAAGCCCUGGUCUAGUGGAAGUCCUCCUAGGAUGAUCAUUUCUCUUGACUGCAUGGAGCUGCAGAGGAGACAUCAGCACUCACUUCUUGCCCUUCACUAACGACCCGACUCUUGGGGGCAAAGUGGGUGGGGCAGACCGUGAACAAAGUAGCCAUUCUCUUACUUGGGACCUGAAUUUUUUUUUUCCAGCUCUUUGCUACUAAAAUAAACCAACCUAUGUGACA